AUGCCUUCGUUUCGACAUCCAUUAUACGAGAAGUUGAGCCAAUACAAAUUCAUCCUCGGUUCCACAUCACCCAGACGUCUAGAUAUCUUACACAACAACUUGAACAUCAAGGACGUGACAAUAAUAGGCUCUAGCUUCGAAGAGAACCUAACAAAAGAAGGCAUAUCUAACGAAGAAUACGUACGACAAACUUCUCGCGGAAAGGCGGAGUCAAUAUUGACUGAUUUCAGAGACACAUCCGAAGCGACAUUGAUCUUGACUUCUGAUACCGUCAUAAGUUGUAAUGGAGAGAUCUUUGAAAAGCCAGGAACAAAAGAGAAUCAACGUCAUAUGUUUGAAAAAUACCAUUUGUAUCCUGACAUAAAAGUCAUAACAGCUGUAACAAUUGUGAUUCCAGAUUCGACUGACCCACUAAUCAUGCAAGAUACAGCUAUUACCAGGUUGGUUUUCGAUACUGAUUGCUCAUCAGAGUUAGUAGAUGCCUAUAUCAACUCAGAAGAAGGCUUGCAAGUCGCAGGAGGCUUCAAGUUCCAAGAAUUAGGAAGUUUAUUCUUCAAGGGCAUAGAAGGAGACUAUUUCAACGUAGUUGGACUACCUGUAGCUACUACUUUUCAUUUGUUGGAACAGGCUGUGCUGAAAUAA